GGGGAGGGGGCGCUGACCCGGAUGUUCACUCUCGGGCACCCGGGGAAGUGGAAGCGCCGGGCCCUGCUGCGGUGGGGAGAGCCACAGACGCCGGGACCGGGAGCGCCGCCGCCGCCGCCGCCGCCAUGAGUGAUCAGCAGCUGGACUGUGCCUUGGACUUGAUGAGGCGCCUGCCUCCACAGCAAAUCGAGAAAAACCUCAGUGACCUGAUCGACCUGGUCCCCAGCCUAUGUGAAGACCUCCUGUCUUCUGUUGACCAGCCUCUGAAAAUCGCCAGAGACAAGGUGGUGGGAAAGGAUUACCUCUUGUGUGACUACAACAGAGAUGGGGACUCCUAUAGGUCACCAUGGAGUAACAAGUAUGACCCUCCCCUGGAAGACGGGGCCAUGCCUUCUGCUCGGCUUAGGAAGCUGGAGGUGGAAGCCAACAACGCCUUUGACCAGUACCGAGACCUGUAUUUUGAAGGUGGUGUCUCAUCUGUCUACCUCUGGGAUCUGGAUCAUGGUUUUGCUGGAGUGAUCCUCAUAAAGAAGGCUGGAGAUGGAUCAAAGAAGAUCAAAGGCUGUUGGGACUCCAUCCACGUGGUGGAAGUGCAGGAGAAGUCCAGUGGUCGCACCGCCCAUUACAAGCUGACCUCCACGGUGAUGCUGUGGCUGCAAACCAACAAAUCCGGCUCUGGCACCAUGAACCUCGGGGGCAGCCUCACCAGACAGAUGGAGAAGGAUGAGACUGUGAGCGACUGCUCUCCGCACAUAGCCAACAUCGGGCGCCUGGUGGAGGACAUGGAGAACAAAAUCAGAAGUACGCUGAACGAGAUCUACUUCGGGAAGACAAAGGACAUCGUCAACGGGCUGAGGUCUGUGCAGACUUUUGCAGACAAAUCAAAACAAGAAGCUCUUAAGAACGACCUGGUGGAGGCUUUGAAGAGAAAGCAGCAGUGUUAAAAGCCUCUGCUUCCCACUGACCGGAGACGCCGUGCGCUGUUAGGCUCCUUUCUUAGACACUGCUCCCUCCCUCGUCCCUUCCCUCCCCGACAGGUCACAUAACAACUCGCAUCACCACCGCAGCGCCAUCUCUCCCGAGAAUAAACCCGGUAAACACCCCUGGUCUCGGAGGCCUCCUUCCCCCACCACGUUUUGCUAUCACGACUCGGUAUUCCCAUAGAGACCGCGUUUUCUGUCCGCCCCGGCCCCCCGUCUCCCCACCACCCAUUUAUAGGCAUAAAAAUACACUGUCUGUCUGCCUCCCUCCCCUCCCACCUUUUUGUUACAUUGGUGUAAAAAAUGUAAAACAAAAAAAUUUUAUGAAAUAACUGUGGUGUGUGAAAGAUAGAAGAAAAACUGGAAAUCUGAUUCCACGUGUGUUUGGGAGUUGCUUGGGGUUGGGGGCCGGGCGGGGGACAGGGGACAGCUCUGGGAGAAAGGAGAGGUGGCCCUCGGCACGGUCCCGCGGAGACCACGCGGUGGGGGGCGGGGACUGCGGACCGUCCUGCUCUUCUGGCCAGGUGCUUUUCUGUCAAUUUUUAUGGAAUGCAAAAGGAGUUUUUGUUUUAUUUUGUUUUUUUGUAAAGCUUAAAAAAAAUCUACAUCUUAUACUUGAGCUUCCAUACUUAAAAAAAAAAAAGAAAGAAAAAAAAGAACAAAAAAAAUAAAUAAAAAGAAACUGGGACGCA